GGCUGGUCGGACAUCAUGGCUUUCCCCUCUCGCCCGAAAAGAGGGCCCCAAAUGAGCACGCACGGGCUGGCACCCAGGAGGCGAGGUACGUGGAUCUUCCCCCGCCCUCAUGCGUUCCUCGAAUCAAUCACUCUGAAUCUGGUGUGUGUGUGGAUGUGUGUGUAGAUGUCAGUAAGACCCCUCUGAAUGGACCCCGUGUGUUGGCGCUGUUUAGUGUAGAGGUGUCUGACAUUGCUGAGGGCGAAUCAGGUGAGCGGAUGGAAAGAGAAAGGAGUACCCACCGCCCACUUGCAGCUGCCCCGGCCGGCUUGCUUGUGUUCCAUCUGUGCGUGCAGUUGCCCUUGUGCUUGGCACUCGAGAACCCAUCGCCAUGAGUCCCCCGUCGCCGACUUGCCCGAGGUGGUCUCUGUCUGUGGUACUCCCUUCAGCAAGUAGGAAGCUUCGUGAAGGGGGGUACAGCCGCAGCGACUUCGUAGUGAGGUGCAACUACAGCUACGGCAUCAUCGGAGCCGACGGACAGCUCAAGCGCCGCGAAGAUGAAGAAAUGGGUGACGGCGAGGAGGAAUGGGGCGAAGAGAGCGAGGGAUGGGAGUGGCAAGUGGAGGGAGAGGGAGAGGAAGAGGAAGUGAUAGAGAUAGAGGAUGAAGAAGAAGAGCCGGCGGCUGAAGAGGGAGGAGGGCGGCGGCUGAUGGCGGACGACACGCCUCAUCUGGUCUUCUUCAAGGACACAUAUGGGAUGUGGGAGGACGAGACGGAUGGGGUGUCGCUGAGGCCAGCUGAGGGCUCCACACCGGUGAGUGAUGAGGCAACCACACACCAAUGAGGCAGAGAAGACACAACAACUGUGGUGCGCGUGUGUGUCGAUCAAUCAGGGGCCGUCCGAGUCGUUCGUCUUUGGGUCAUCCCCUCCUCCAGCGCUCUACGCCACUGUGCCGCCCGACCAGCCCCCCACCUUCCCGGACCGAGUGAAGAUCUGGCGACCCUCCAGUGCUUGGUCGGAUGGCACCCCUAACGUCAUCGAUUUCCGCGGCGCGAGCCAGCUGACGAGGCAGCUGGUUGUCCACAUCGCCUGCAAUGCCAUCAGUGAGGGGUCAGCCCGAGACCUCCUCCACCGAGGCGCCGAGGCCGACCAGAUCGUCAAGACCGACCGGUGCGGCCCCCUCGACGACAUGAGCCUGCCCCAGCUUGCCGCAGAGCACCUGGACGAGCCCGAGGCCGUCGGCGUGAUGCGCGUGCUGCUGGACGCUGGCGCCCCGAUCCUCCCACCAAACAGACGCAGCGACCACGACAGCGCACUUCACACGGCCGCGCUGGCCGGCAAGUGGGGUGUGCUGGACGUCAUGCUGGAGCCGCAGUACGGCAUCUCAGUUGCCGGACAGUGUUUGCUGGCGGCGGUGUGUCGCAGCGAGUCGGGCUCUGCCGACAAGCUGCGUGUGGUCAAGAUGCUCGGCGAGCGGGACGUGACAGUGCUGUCGGAGAAGGGCGACGACGGGUGGCGGCCCAUCCAUCACUUCAGUUCAAGGCCACUGAGCGAGGAGAAGCUGCAGGAGCAGCUCAUCGACUACUUGGCCGAGAAGCUGGGGACCGAUGUCGUCAACACGCCCGUCCAGCACCCUCCCCCACUUGGCCCAGGCAACAUCGGGACCAGGGACGGCAAGCGGCCCCUCUCCCUAGCUCAUCUGACGUACGGCACAUACCGGAGCUCAGCGGAUGCGACCAUUGAGCGUCUCUAUCGGUAUGGGGCGGCGCGGCACAUCAACACGCCCGACAGGCAGGGCAACACGGUCCUCAGGAAUGCGGCAUCGAACCGAGACUGCCCUAGCGAAGCCCUCGUCAGUCUGCUCGAACACGGCGCGUCUGUGGCGACUGCCGGGCUCACACAGCAGGGUGGCGGGAUCACACAGCAGGGUGGCGGGAUCACACAGCAGGGUAGACGAGCCAGGCUGCUCACGGCAUACUCGUCCUUCCUCAACGAGUCCAUCCCCCGCGGAGCCCUGCAGACCAUCAACGAGGCCCUCCGCCCAUCACGCAGCCUCAUGGCGUCCCUCAGCCAGCCCAUCCCCCUCCGCAGCCGCACCAUCGCCCUGCCGUCUGGCGUCCUGACGACCAUCAACGGCUAUCUCGCCCCCACCGACCAGACCGACAGCCCGCCCCCUCCCAUCACCAUCGGCGAUGAGCCCAUCGGCACACAAAUCAACCAAGCCGUGCGCCAGUACGUCACGGCCGCAGCGCGUGUGAUCUGCCAGCCGGUGCCGCAGCAGCAGGAGGGCAGCCAGGAGCGGCCGCAGAGGCACGGCAACGUUCGUGUGGUGGGGGGUGACGGCGUCGCUGCGCUGCGAUGCUUCGCCAUAGGCGGCGCCGCCCAGCCGCGGCAGCGCAUUGGUGUGUGCGAGAUCAUCGCACGGGCAGUGCGGCUGGAGGCGUCGCGAUACGACAUCGGCGUGACCCUCCGCCACAACAUCUUCGAUGACACCCACGUGCUGGGCGCAUUGGCGGUCGUGUAAGUAGCGAAAGACCGAUAGACCAGACAGGGUGGUGUCGGGCGAUCUUUCGGUAGGUAGAGGGACUGAUUGGGUUCGUUUGCCCGAAGGGUUCCUUCCUGGUGUGUGUAGAUACAUACGUUGCAUAUAUAUGUGUGUGGGUCUGACGUGUGUGCGCAUGUGAGCUCUGGAUGAGCCGAGUACCCACUGAGCGGAUGGAUAUGGCUGAGCGCUCUGCGGGCGCGAAACAAGGAGGGUCGUUUAAGUGCAUGCGUGGCACUGCAUAGAUGGGGUGGGUGGCGCUUUCAUUGGCAGGCAGGCAGGCUUGUUUUGUUCGGUGGGAUGUGUGUCUGCGGGUGGGAGGCGAGAGAGAGUGAAGGCAUGCGUUUUGUUGUGUACUCGGUGUCUGUGUGUGUGUCUGACGACAUGCCGUCAGGAAAGCCUUUUGUGUGCAUGUGCAUAGAACACGCCGAGAGUGUAAGUGACAGUGGAUCUUUGAUGUCAAUGGUGAUGGUCAGUGGCCGUUAAAUCUCUCAAUCUGC